GCAACACGAGGAAAGCAGAUAAGAGGAAACGAAAAGUGUAGCUUUAAUUUUUCCAACACAAGUUCUUAAAAUGAGUCUUGCAUUCUAAUUCCUGUCACACUUGAAUAACAGUUACUGAAUAGGAAAAAGUUAUAUGUUGCUUUUUUUAUGUAUAAGAUAAGAAUUAGAAUUACAUAUCUUUCAUGGUUUAUUGCUUUUAAUGUAAGUCUCCGAAAGUCGGUUGGGCAGCAAAUAAAUGAGGAUAACAAUUUGAAAUGGUAUCGGGUUUCCUGCUUAAGCAGGGGGUUGGAGUAGGAGACCUCCAAGGUCCCUACCAACUGUUUUUCUGCUCUGUUCUAAGAAGAGAUUGGAUAAACUAAAGAACAAGCCAGCUAACCAAGCAAGUCGAAGUACAGCAUCCAUUUCCUGAAGUUUAUGAUACGGCUCCGAUGUUGGGGCAGAAGUUGGGUUUUCCGGAAGGCGCAUGCAUAUAAAUUGUCCAGUCCGAACUGGGUAGGUUUUCGGAUCCUUCCGAAGUAGAAUUUGACUUAGACCUUUUUGAUUAAAGCUCCGCCGGGCUGAGAACCAAACAGCUUUAGAAAAGUUCUGAUAAAACACGCCUCCUUUCUCGAUCACCUGGGAAUUUUGCCCGAAAGACGGGGCUGACGGGAAAAAGUCGAAGGUCCUUGAAAUCGAAAGUGGAAGCGAACUUCGAGAAGCGAGCACCACGAAUUUUGGAGGAUUAUCACCACUAUGGAUUUAACUACAGUAACCACUACAACACUGUCCCCUUGCGAUCCGGUAGUAAAGGAAGAAGGCUGUGAAGCAUCUUUUGAUCCACAGGAGUCCUUCAUCCAUUUGGGAAGUGACAGCUUUGUUGCAAGUGGACCUUGCAAGAUGACAAAAGACCAAAUCUUAAAUGAGAUUAAGAGAUACCAGGAUAUGUGUGAAAUUUGUGAAGGAGAUUGCUUAUCCUUGAAGGCAAACACAAGGGCAAAUGAGCAGGACUUGAUCAAAUUCCAAGAAGAAUAUGAGCUUCUCAGUCGAAAUAUUCUUGAACCUGAAAAUGAGGGCCAGGAAGCCUCUUUCCAGAAAAUGCUUCAGUUGGAAAAGGAUUCAAACCAGCUAAUGCAAAAAAAACAGGCAUUGGAAAACGAAUUGAAAUAUCUGGAGCAGCUCCAUGGAACCCAGGAAGAAAUUCUUAAGGUGCCAGCUGCUCUUCCUGAGAGAGAAAUGGUGUAUAAAGGUCAUGUGGAAGAGAGAAAGAUGGAAAACUUGCCAGAAAUUCUGAGUUUCCUGCCCCAGAUCCGAUAUCCUAUACUUGGGGGAUCAGCUCUUAUCACUUUUGAGGAUCCUGAAGUUGCCAGGAAGAUCAUCCAAAUAAAACAGCAUUGCAUUCAGCUAGAUGAAUUGAGUUACAUGCAUGUGAAGGCUGAAGCUAUGACAUUGUUGCUGCCCUCAUUCUUAAAGCAGAUCUCCCUGAAGCAGAGUUCCCAGCAAGUGCUGUUAUCUGGAUUGUCUGCUUUCUCUUUAUCCAAGGAUCAGCUCUACGACAAGCUAAUACUGUUUUUCAGCAAACGGAAGAACCUAGGGGGUGAGGUGGAUCAUCUGGAACAGCUCCCAAAUUCGGAUAAUGUAGUGCUGACUUUUGUAGAUGAUGGAGUGGCUGAACGGAUUGUUAAAAAAGGGCUGUUCCAGGUAUUGCUUGGAAAGGAGACCCAUCAGGUCAAAGCAUCACAUUGCUUACAUGGGGAAAUUGCAGAUUUACAGCUCCAUCCUUCCAUCUGUCCUCGUACGGUCCUGCUGACAGAGAUUCCAGAUGUCUUAGAGAGGGAGAUGAUGUGUGAAGCUCUGGAGAUCCAUUUCCAGAAGCAAAGCAAAGGUGGAGGAGAGGUGGAAACUGCUGUCUACAUUCCAGCUGGACAUUAUGCAGUAGCUGUUUUUGAGGAGGAGGACUAAUUCUGCAUGCUAAAGCUAGAGCAUAUGAUAUUUCAUUUGUGAUACAACUGAAAAGAAGCACAUGGAACAUACUAAUAUUCCAGGGAAGAGGAGAUGACGCUUUUUUAUUGAUUAAAUUGGGGACUAGUGGAAUGAGGUAAAAACUUAGGAACUGGAUCAUUAGGGGGGGAAAUAAGUCAAUUUUGUAGUUUAGAUAAUAAAUGGAAACAUAUUCUGCCACAAUUAUAUCUAUUUUUCAAGUCUGAACUAUGCAUGAUUUGGUCUGUGUUGUUUGUUCCUUCACUAAUUUCAUUGCAUGGCAUUGAAGUACCUGCCAAAUUGUAUUUUUCUGCAGAACAUGCAGAAGAAAAAAUGUUCAGAAAAUAAAAAGAAAGGUACACUGUUCAAAAA